ACUCUUAGAGGCUACAAGAGUUGUUGGCGUGGGGAACAGUCUCCUCUUGAUUGGCAGUGUAACCGAAUAGACGACUGUUUUCAGGAGGCUAUGAACGCCGUAGCCCACGAACAGGACUCGGGUCCUCGACAACAGUUUUUCAACUGCAACCAUGCUGAUUGUGGGGCGACGUUCAAACGGGAGUGGCGUUUGAAAGAGCACGAGACCGUGCACACAGGAGCAAUGCACAUUUUGUGAGUUGCACAACUGCUAUCUUCAACGCGGACAAGUUGAAGUGACACGCCCAUUUUGCCCACGGCGAAAAGGACAAGUACUUUAAGGUUGUUGUCCACUAGAUGGCGCCGAAUAACCACGUUGCUUUUUGGAGAUUGCCCACAUUCAGCAUCCUCUAUUCCCUUUUAAACGGAUCCCCUUGGCCCUGGCAUGUUGCAAUUUCCCAAAUUGCUUAUUGACAUUCAAGAAACGGAGGGUGUAUAAAUUACAUUUGAAGGAGCAUGGAAUAGCUACUGCUUUCAUAUGUUCAAAGAGAGGAUGUGGAGUCAGGUUUGACACGCAUGUCGCUCGCAAAGCCCAUGAGAAGAAACAUGCAGCCACAUUCACCUGUAAAGCUGUGCCAGAAGGUGUUUAAGCAUGUGGACUCUCUGCGUAGACACAAGUGGACCCACACCCUGCAGAAGCCUGUCCUGCUGUGCCCCAGCAGUGGCUGCAAGGCCUACGUCUCCACUACCUUCAACCUGCAGCACCACAUCCACAAGGCCCAUCUGCAGCUCCUCAAGUACCAUUGCUACUUCCCCGACUGCCACAGGACCUUUGCCAUGAGGGAGAGCCUAAGCAGACACCUGGCUCACCACGACCCAGAUGCCAACCCUGAGAAGCAGAAGCGCAAGCGACCAAAGAAGUACUGGCAGAAGCGUCUGGAAGGCCACCAGCUGCCCCUGGUGGAGGACGACCUGCGGCACCUCUUCGCAUUGCGCAUGAGGGUAUCACGACGGACCAAGGUUGAGGUUAACCUCUCAGGCCCUUCAAGAACUUUGUGGAAUCGGAGGUAA